AUGCAUUCCGGCUCUGUUCGUCCAGCGGUUUCCCUCCGCUCCGCAUUUCUUCCCGCUUCCCUUCCGCGAAAUCCCGCUAGUGUCAGGUCCGCUUCUUCGACUCUCUUAGUCAACACCACAUCUGUAUUGACCAACCCGGUCCUGGCAUCGCCUCGUGCUGCUCAAAUUCCACGUGACGCUUACACCUUCAAAUUUUCCCCCUCACCUGCUAGCCUCCGUGUCCCCCUUCCGCGAACCUCGUCAUUUCCGCACAACGCUUCCGCGCGGAUCCCCUCUGUUGCGCGCCAUGGAUUCGCGCGAAUCGCCGCGAUCGCGGGAGCGGAGAGCGGACUAGCGGCGGAAGGCGGAGCGGCGGAGCAAGAGGAAGCGCUGAAGGGGGAGGUGGAGGGGGAAGCGGAAGCGGAAAUCCUGGCGCAGUGGGGAGCGGUGGGGGACGAGGAAGCGCUCGCGGCGGCCGCAGCUGCGGCGUUGAGUGACGGUAGCGGGGAUGCCAUUGCAGGAAUUCCGUUCUUCGAGUGGCUCAGCCUGCGCAAGCCUGCGCGGUACCUGGGCAAGGAGCACGGCGCGAUCCGCAAGGACUGGGACAGCGCGCGCGUGCGCUUCUGCCUCACGUACCCCGAGGUCUACGAGGUGGGGGCGAGCAAUCUGGGUCACAUCAUUCUGUAUACGGUGCUGAAUCAAGCAGAGGGAGUGAUGUGCGAUCGAGCUUACUUUGUGGACGAGGACAUGAGCCAGUGCCUCAAGAAGUACAACAAGUCCCUUUUCGCUGUGGAGUCUCAACGCCCGCUCGCCCAAUUCGACACCCUCGGAUUCAGCCUCAGCUACGAGCUAGGCGCGACCAACAUUCUGCAGAUGCUGCACGAGUCGGGCAUACCCAUCUCAUGGCAGGAGCGCAUGGAUGCAGACACAGCUGCGCAUGGGGGGGACGCCUCAGCGCCCUGGGAUGUCUCCACUGGGAGCCUGCCGCUUGCAUUUGCAGGCGGCCCCACAGCCACUUCCAACCCCGAGCCCUUUUCAGACUUCUUUGACUUCUUCGCUAUUGGUGAUGGCGAGGAGUGUCUGGUGGAGAUAGCGCAGUGCCUGGACGCAUGCAAACAGCGCCGCCUGUCCCGCUACGACACGCUGCUGGAGCUGGCGCGCUCGGUGAAGGGCGUGUAUGUGCCGCAGCUCUACGAGACCGUGCCCGGGUGGGGCGCUGCAGUACUACCCAAGGUGGAGGGAGUGCCGUCUAAAGUGCUUCGACGCGUGGCCACUCCCAAUCCACUGGACCACAUUGGCCUCGUGCCACUCACCUCCACAGUUCACGAUCGUCUGACGGUGGAGAUUCGCCGAGGCUGCACCCGAGGCUGUCGAUUCUGCCAGCCUGGCAUGCUGACGAGGCCAGCUCGUGAUGUGGAUCCAGACAAGGUGGUGGAGGCUGUGGAAGCAGGCAUGAGGAAGACGGGUUAUACAGAGUUUUCCCUGCUCUCCCUCAGCUGCUCCGACUACCUAGCGCUCCCCUCCGUGGGUAUUCAGAUCAAGAACCGGCUCAAGGAGCAGCCCAUCUCGCUGUCUUUGCCCAGCCAACGAGUGGACCGAUUCAACGAUGACAUCGCCAACAUUAUUGGCGGCACACGCAAGGGUUCGAUCACCUUUGCACCUGAAGCAGGCACACAGAGGAUGAGGGAUGUCAUUAAUAAGGGCUUGACGGACGAGGAGCUGUUGCGGGGAGUGAAGGCGGCAUGGGACAAGGGAUGGCGGCAGGUGAAGCUCUACUUCAUGAUUGGCCUGCCGGGAGAGACGGACGAGGAUGUCCUGGGCAUCGCCAAAACCAUCAAGUGGCUGCAGCAGAACUGUCGGCGCGGCCGCAACUUCUUGGGCGUGCGUCUGACCAUCUCCAACUUCACUCCCAAGCCACACACGCCCUUCCAGUGGCACACGGUGUCAACAGCAGAGUUCACGCGCAAGCAGCGCUUGCUCAGAGACGCGUUUGUGCGCAUGCCCGGGGUCAAGUGGAACUUUGGGGACGUACGGCUAUCAGCAAUGGAGGACUUCAUAGGGCGGGGCGACCGCAGCAUAGGGCGGGUGAUACGGCGCGCGUGGGAGCUUGGGGCCAGCAACGAUGCCUGGUGGGUGAACCUGGACCGCUGCUACAGUUGCUGGUCGCAGGCUAUUGACGAAUGUGGGCUGGAGUGGAAAUACAGACGGGUGGUGGAUGGCGAGUGGGACGUCAUGGAGAAGAUCGGCGACAACCGUUUCCGAGGCCAGGGUGGCAAGUCUCGUCUCGACGUGGGCCCUCUUGCCGAUGCCAGGCUGGACGCCCCCCUGCCAUGGGACAUCAUCAAUACGGGCAUAGAGCGCUGGUGGCUCAAGGCGGACCUGCAGAGGGCGCUGGAGGCCACAACUGUUCCCGACUGCUCACACAGCGGCGUGUGUUCCAAGUGUGGUGUGUGCGAGGAAGACUUUGGGGAGAAUGUGGUGGCGGCCAUUCCCCCUGUCCCAGAGUACGAUGGGGACUUCAAGCCCAACCGGAAGAGAGUGCAGCGUCUGCGGGUGCGCUUUGCCAAGCUGGGGGCCAUGACCCUGCUGGGCCAUCUCGACACCGUCUCUCUCCUCGACAGGGCUCUUCGCCGUGCCGACCUCCCUGUCUGCUUCGACAACGGCUUUCACUCCCUGCCUCGCAUCUCCUGUGCUGCGCCGCUGCCUCUGGGCCACAGCAGCUCCUGCGAGCUGGUGGAUAUAGAGUUCACACAGAUGCUCUCAGUGCCCGAUGUCCGGAGGAAGCUGCAGGAACAGCUGCCCGACGAGCUGCCCGUGCUGGACGCCUGGGAGGAACCGAUCUUCCGGGCAGACAAGAAGAACGCAGACACCCUCACAAAGCAACUCCAUGCAAUCGAGUACUUGCUUCUGCUCCGAGUGGAGGAUGGCGGAGAGACCAGCAGCGCACCAGAUGCAACAGCAGCACAGGGAGCAGACGGAGCAGAGGGAGCAGUGGUAGCAGGCAGGAGCCUACAGGAGCAAGUGGAGGUGUGGGUAAAGAGUGUGUUGGCCCUCCCAUCCUUCACUGUCACUCUGCAGAAGAAGCAAGGCGCAAAGCCCAAGGAGACUGAUCUACGGGCACGGUUGCACGAGCUGCGGGCUCUCCCCCAAGGCAGCGCCCUGCCAUCCUCCAUGCGCCUCAGCUGCAAUGACGCGGCUGCCUUCGCUGCUGGCAGCAGCAGCAGCCGUGUGGUGGUGUCGUAUGUGGGCCAGCACACCACAGACGGCGGUACCCUGAGGCCAGAGGGAGUUCUCACCAUGCUCUCGGAGGUGUCGGGUCGAACCAUCCACCUUGUACAUGCGCACAGGGUGAAGCUGCACCUCUCACCUCCCUCUCAGCCCAAGAUUGACUACGCUAAGCUGAGGUCGAUAGGCAACGACGAGGUGUUCCGGUCGCUGUACCGCCGCUUUGACGGCACCAGCCGGUUGAACGACACGCAGCCACACUCCACCAGUGAGGCCAUGGAGAGUGCUCGCCGCGCUGCUCUUGCGAAAGCUCUCCCCGCGCGGCGGCGCGCCGAGCCGCCUGAGUACGACGACGAAUGGGAGGACGAUGUCGUGGCGGGGCCGGCGGGGACGGGCGGAGUCGCCUCUCCCGCGGUCUCCACCCGCCCUCCCGCGCAGCAGCAGCAACAACAGCGGGGGGCGCGGAACGGCGGGUACUCCGGCGCGGGGGGCGGGGGAAACCCGCGCGCGUUUCCGCACGCGGUGAAGGUGGCGUGCUGGAACAAGGCGGAGACGGUCCCCGGGCGGGAUCCGGACAGAUGGCGCAGAGACGCGGCGGGGAACGUGGUGUUUCGGCAGCUGGUGGCGUGUAAGGGGUGCCUCUGCUACGACUAUGACCAUGUCGUUCCGUACUCUAAGGGAGGCAAGAGCACGUUGGACAACUGUCAGGUGCUGCAGACGGCAGUGAAUCGAGCCAAGGGGGCACGCACGGACAUGACUCGCACGGAGCUCAUGCAGCGCAGCACCUACUGCAGCCUCUCCAAGCGAGAUUUCGAUGCAGUGGAAAUAGCUGCGUAUGGCCAGGUUGUGAGACAUGGGGAGUCCUCUUCUGGUUGUGCUCUUCAAUAG